AUGAGCAAUCAGGAAGUGAUUUAUUCCUCCUUGCGAGUUCUUCAGUCUCCUUCAGAGUCACAAAAUAGAUUAAAGCCUUGUGGUACUAAAAGGCCUGGGAAAACAGAUGACAAAGAGUUUUCAGUAACCUGGCGUCUCAUUGUAGUGACUCUUGGGAUCCUCUGCUUAAUUCUAUUGGUGACAGUCACAGUGUUGGGGACAAAGAUUUUUCAGUAUAUUCAAGAAAAACAUCAACAGGAGGAAAUUCUACGAAAUCUCAGUCAAAAGUACCACAAUAUAAAAAAUGAUAGCUACUUAAAGGAGCAACUUUUGACAAAGAAGACUUUAGAAUAUGACAUUCUCAAAAGUGAAACUCUUCGGCAGAAAAAGGAACUGGACUCACUCUUUAUAGAAAAGAAGAGAUGUCAUAGAAAACAGGAGAGCUUUUCAAAGUCUUUGCAAAAUACAGGCAAACUCUAUGAAGACCGCUGGUCCUGUUGUGGAGGAAAGUGUUAUUAUUUUACCACUGAAAAAAAAGACUGGAAGGGAUGUAAACAGACUUGCCAAAGUUACAAUUUAUCUCUUUUGAAGAUAGAUGAUAAAGAUGAACUGGCCUUCAUUCAACCGCAGACUUAUCCUGAUAACUACUGGAUUGGCUUAUCAUAUAAUGCAAAGGAAAGUAAGUGGAAAUGGAUUGACAGUGGCACAUCUUCUGGAACUAAUUUUAUAAUAAGGAGUUUGCCUUCUGGGAGUAGAAGAUGUGUGUUUUUAACUUCAACAAGAGUAACAGAUAUUGAUUGCUCUAAUACCUAUAAUUGUAUCUGUGAGAAGAGACUUGAUUGUGUUUCCACUGCCUGCUUCAAUUGACAUAAAAGACAAGCAGAUCUUAUUCCAUUAUGGAAACAGAGAUGAGUUGGAAGAGGAAGAAUAUGCUCUUCUGGACUAUGACUUAUGAGAUCAGAUGCCAGCUGUCUUCUUGGAGAAGAGGGGAAGGUUUUGCUUUUGGAAAUCAGUUAUCCCUCUCUUAAUGGCCCUGAGAAAUUCUCUCUUUCUCUUUCCCUGAACCACCCACAGAGCCAAUUAGAGAACUCUGGGUCUUUUCCUUAUCCAUAGGCGAAAUCAUUUCAAUAGCCUUAGGCUUGGAGAGAUAGCACGAUUAAGAACUAAAAAAUAGUUAUACUGCCCAUCCCCCAUCUAGAUGCUUAUUACCUCUCAUUUAAAAAUUUUUUUUUUUAUUUUGCUAUGAUUUCAAACUUAUUGAAUUGUUGAAACAGUAGUACAAGGAACUCUCAUAUAACCUUUACCCAUAGUUAGCAUUAGUUUAUGUUUAAUAAACUAGCUGCGCUUUAUAGUUCUCUCUCUCUCUCCUUGCUAGUCCAUUUGAUAAUAAAUUGGGGGCAUUAUGUCCCUUUGUCUAAAUAUUUUACAAGAACAAGGACUUUGUCUUGUCUAACCAUGUACAAUUAUCAAAAUCAGGAAAUGUAGCAUUUCUACAGCACUAUGAUUUCAUCUAUAAUCCAUAUUCAAAUUUUGUCAA